CACUGGCUGUACCCGGUUGCAUAGACUUGCAGUAAUUUUAAAAAUCGCUAAGAGCGACGCGGUGUGCGCGGGAAAAGUGCAGUGUGCUUUGAAUCGUUUAUGAAUACUUUUUUUUUGUGGCAUUUCUUUUUCGGAUAUCACUUUAAACAAUGGGUUCCCUACCACGAAUGUCUGUGGUGACAGGCAAACGGGUCCCGCUGCCUGCGGCGCCUCUCACCAAACAUCUGGAACACAUGGGUGCCACUGAGAGAACGGCUCUUAUAUACUACGAUGAGACAUGCAAUGUACGCAUGAGCUACGCGGAGCUAGAAGGACGUACAAAUGCCAUGGCGCGCGCGAUCGCUGCACAUGCGCGCCCCACCGGACCCAACAGGGAUCAAGACUAUGUGAUCGCUGUAUGCAUGCAGCCGACACACAAUACCGUUAUAGCUCUCCUUGCGAUAUGGAAGGCAGGGGCCUCAUAUGUGCCGAUGGAACCAAGUUUCCCGCAAGGAAGAAUAUCACACAUUUUAAAAGACGCUGAACCAUCUCUUAUUAUUUACGACGAUACAGCCAAUCCCUCAAUGUUUGCUGGUAGUGGAGUGCCACCAGUCUCUUUUGAGGAGUUGUCGCUAGAAGCCAGUGCGUUACCAGCUGACAGACCAAAUGAAGAUGAAAUAUUGGUUCAAACUGAUGCAGACUCUAUUGCUAUUGUUCUUUAUACAUCUGGGAGUACGGGAAUACCAAAAGGAGUUCGAUUGCCCUACUCGGCAAUCUGUAACCGCCUCUGGUGGCAGUUCCGAACAUUUCCAUAUGCAGACACAGAAUCAGUUUGCGUUUGGAAGACGGCUUUGACGUUUGUGGAUUCUGUUUGCGAGAUAUGGGGACCGUUGUUGCACGGACGAUCACUGUUGAUACUCUCAAGGGAGACCACCAGAGAUCCCCAGAAGUUAGUGCGAGUUUUUGCUGAAUAUCAGAUUCAACGUCUAGUUCUCGUACCAACACUUCUACGUUCGAUUCUUAUGUACUUGUCUCUGAACCUUUCUGAAAGGCCCCUACAACAUCUCAAGCUCUGGGUGUGCUCAGGAGAAACUCUAAGCAAGGAACUCGCUUCGCAAUUCUUUCAAUACUUUGGCGAUCAGAAUGACUACAAACUUGCCAACUUUUAUGGCAGUACGGAAGUUAUGGGAGAUGUAACUUACUAUGUGCUAGAGAAAACUGGUCAAUUGGACAUGUUCCCGACCAUACCGAUAGGUGCUCCCCUUGAUAACUGUGCCGUUUAUCUCCUGGAUGAAGAAAUGAAUCCAUCGAGGGAAGAAGAACCGGGUGAAGUUUGGGUUUCGGGGAGGAACCUCGCGAAAGGCUAUGUGGGGGGACAGGGAACUGAUAAAUUCUGCGAUAACCCAUAUGCUGCACAUCCUGACUUUGGCCGUCUGUACCGCACUGGAGACUUCGGUAUCCUUCACAAGGGUCUUAUCUUGUUCGCUGGUAGGACAGACUCGCAAGUGAAGAUCAGAGGACAUAGAGUGGAUCUUCAGGAAGUCGAGCGCGCUGUCAGUUCCAUCCAGGGUGUAGAUAAAGCUGUAGUCCUUUGUUACGGAUUAACUUCUGGCAACCCUGAGAUAUUGGCUUUUGUGACCGUGAAACCGGAUGCAAGACUCUCUGGACAUCAUAUCGAAUCCGCUCUGAAAAAUUCACUUACAAACUAUAUGAUACCACAGGUGAUCGUCAUAGAAAAGAUCCCUCUCCUCGUCAACGGUAAAGUCGAUCGUCAAGGACUGCUUAAAAUGUACGAGAAUACGAAUAACAACGAUGAUACGUCAAUUCCUCUGGAAAUAGACUAUACGGGAGUGAACCCAAACGACCUGGAAGUAGCGAGGGUGUUAUUCGAGACCGUGGGUGAGGUCCUCGGCAGAGCUGCCAGAGGCGCCAUUUCUAAAAGAGCUGGCUUCUACGAAUUGGGAGGAAAUUCUCUCAAUUCAAUAUACACGAUAACGAGACUAAGAGACAAGGGAUAUUUUAUCGAAAUAAGUGACUUCCUAGAAGCGAACAAUUUAGGCGAGGUCCUGUCCCAUCUGACGACCGACGCUGAGAGCUCAAGGGAUGGCGACGAAAAGCAGUUCACGAUCCGGCCCAUGAGGAACGAACACAAGGAACGAGUUAUCGAGAUGAUAGUGUCGUCGUUCUACGAAAAGGCAGAACUGGAGCAGUUCGUCAGACACGAGAUAUCUCGCGGCGACUACGCGCUGUGCGUCGGCGCUUGCUGGGCGCCGCUCCUCGCCGCCGGCCUCAGCCUCGUGCUGGAAGACGAGUCCGGCAAACCAGUAGCGGUCGCGCUGAACUUCGACGCGCGCGACGAGCCCGACAUCGAGCUCGGCGGCGGACUCGCCAAGAUCAUGACCUUCCUCGAAUACGUCGAGGGCUCUGUAAGAGACACCAUGCUGCCUGAAGGAAAGGGUGCGAUCCUGCACUCGUUCAUGAUGGCGACGGGCGCGGAGCUGUCGGCGCGCGAGAACGUGUCCGCCAUCCGCGCGCUGGAGCUCGGCACCGAGCGCGUCGCGCGCGAGCGCCGCUUCCGCGGGGUGUUCACCACCAACACCAGCCCGCUCACACAGCAAUUAGGUACCGACGUUCUCGGCUUCCAAACACUACUCGAUUACCAAAUAAACCAGUACGUGGAUUCAAAUGGAGAAAGGACCUUUGGGAAAGCCCCCGACGAUAUGCGUGCCGUCGUUUGCUGGAAACCGGUCGAGUAAACAAAAGUAUUUAUUGUAAUUACAAAUUUUAAACGUAUAACCAUUGAAUUAGUCAUUCCAGUUUUUAUUAAAUAGAAUAGUUGAAAAAUAUAUUUUUCUAAAAAAAUAUUAUAUCUUGUAAUAAACGUAGUCGUAUAAAUAUUAUGAUUAUACCCAGUUAUCUACCAUUACGUUUAAUUUAAUUGAAUAUGAAACUUGCCUCUAAAUUAUUUCAAAUACCAACUUAUUUCAACUGACAAUGUUACUGGUAACACUCAAUUAAAAAAAAAAACUUUACUUUUAA